GCGCCAACAGUUAACUUAGCGUAUAUCCGCCUUAGCCCCCGACUCAACCUCGGCUUUUUCGGCUUCGGGCCCAAAAAGGCAAUCCUGAGUUGUUGUUUGUGUCCCCUUUAAGUAUCUUAAACAGCUUGCGCCGACCAACCAUGUCUUACUCCGAGAUUCUGCUGACCGCUGGAUGGAUGUGCUUUGCCCGAGAAACGACACAUGGCUAAAAAUAACAAAAUAAUUAAACAUAAAUCAAUAAAAAACAAAAUAAAAAAAACAAGGAACACAAGCUCGGCUGUCUGCCAUGGCGCCCCCGAGCCGCAGUCCCGAACCGCGCUCAGAAGCGACAAACGCGACACCCGCCACGCAUGCGCUCCAUCAACCUGCUUCAGACAGCGGCGGCGUUGGCAGUGGUGGUGCAUCCUCGUCGCAGGAUACCAGGUCUGCGGAAUCCACCCAUCGCAAGCGGCGGAGAAGAACUAUUGCCUGUGCUCCUUGCAGGAAUAGAAAGGUCAAGUGUGACUUUGGUUAUCCGACAUGUAACCGAUGCUUGAAGGGGCCCGGCCCCGAUGCCUGCAUGUAUGAAUCUCCUGCCCAUGCCUUGCACCAUCAGUAUCAGCAUCAGCAACAGCAACAUCGAAAUCAGCAAUUGCCUCAUCCAUCAGCAUCAGCAUCGGCAUCGGCAUCGGCAUCGGCAUUAGCGUCAGCGUCAACAUUAGCAGCAGGCUCAUCGGCCUUCUGGCCCCCACAUCCACCAGAAGCAAAUAGGUCCAAUGCCCACCCACAGCCCUUCAUAGCUGCACUAUCAGAAACCCAGCAUCUCGACGAGGCUCGGCUUCGGGAACUGCAACAAUUGCUACAUAGCUUAACUCAGCAGUCGAAACUGGCUAGCAAUGCAGCACCGUCGCCCUUUUCUUCAGCCAAUGCAGACUCGCACGCGUACAGGUCCCAGCUGGGUUCGACCCCCGCGGAACCCACUGAAUCUUCUGCGCGCGACGAUGCGUCAGUCCAGGCGGAGCCGUGGAGCCGCGAGAUUCCCAAUCGGCACCGGUUCGAUGGGAAUGAGGGCCGGACGCGGUUUUGGGGAUGUAGCAAUGGGUCGAAGUUAUCAUUUGAGCUCGAGGGCCUGAGCAGCUUUAUGAAAGAGUUGAAGGCUACAGCCUCUCUUCGCACGCUACAUCACGAAAUCCGAAAGAUUGGGUAUAAUAAGCACCAGAAGCCCUUAUCUGGAGACCUAGCGACAGACAGUCGCUUCCUGAGGAGCCUUCUUCCCACCCGACCAGUGGUCGAGAAUUUGAUGAACUGCUACUUCUCCUACGUGGGGAAAAUGCAUCGCAUUCUCCAUAUGCCGUCCUUUCGCGCACAGCUCAAUGAGCUCUGGGCGGAAACGAGUGAUAUCCCUUGCCAUUUCAUUGUCCAACUCUUCUUGGUCAUGGCGUCCGUGUGGAGCGUAAACACGCCGAGUCCACUUACCGCAGCCGGCACGAAGAUUUUAUCCCAUACCGUCGCGACGGACUGGAUACGCUGGUCCGAGGCAUGGCUUUUCCACGCAAACAUCAAACGACCAAACCUGGUUGUUUUACAGGUGCGGUGUUUGCUCAUGAUGGCCAAGGAGGCCAACUACACUCAGAAGAACCAAGCCUGGAGCUCUGCGGGGACGCUGGUAAAGCUGGCCAUGUCUGCAGGAUGCCACCGCGAGCCACCGCCAGAAACCAAGAUUUCGGUAUUCAAUGGGGAAAUGCGCCGAAGGAUAUGGGCGACGAUUCUCGAAUUGGACUUGCAGGCGUCGUUGGACCGUGGCAUGCCUCCGACACUGCAACAAUCGGAUUACGAUUGCGCCCCGCCUCUAAACAUCAACGACGAAGAUAUUUGCGAGAGCACGACAGUUAACCCCGAAGAAAAGCCCAUCAGGGACAUGACAGACACUUCGUUUCAGGUCGCUCUGAUGCAGUCCAUGGGCCUGAGGCUGCGGGUAUGCGCCCUUGUCAAUGCGCCGCGUAUUUCUCUAUCAUUAAACGAACUCGCACUGCUAGAAGAGGAGAUCAAGCGGAACCUUUCUGAUAUUCCGGAUUGGCAGUAUACUGCUAACCCUGACCCCCAUGAACCCCCCAGCGCUUUUUUAACCCAGAAACAACAAAAACUUCUAUGGCGAACGCUGCUUGAGUCGAAUUUAAGACGCUGUCAGCUUUCGCUUUACACCUACAGCGUCCUCGGGGGUUUUCAGGGCUCCAUAAAUACCCAUACGACGCAAGCGCGUCUUGAAGUCGCCAUGGUGAUUCUCUGCCAACAGCAAUUACUCAUUGAUAGUAUCGGGAAACUCGCGUGGUGUGCGUUAGCAGAUGUCACUUUUCAUGCUGCAUUUACUAUCUGUCAUCAUCUGCACGCAUCCGAUUGUGGUUUCACAUCGUCUAUAGUCCGGCAGAUCAUCCCCAGCAUUACAGAUAUCCUAAUAUCCCUCGUCCAGAAAACGCUAUCAUCGCUUGAGGAGAAGUUCCUUAUUCUAGAAAAGGGGAUGCGCGAGUAUUACUUCCUCUGCGUGUCGAUUACGCUCGUCAAGACCAAGCUGUGGCCCGAAUCAGCAUCGACGUUCAAGCAGCAGGCUGCUGACCGGCUGCGCAUAUUGAGUUAUAAUUUAUUUUCGAAGUAUAUUGGAGAUGCUGCUAGUACAAAUGAGGAAUCUCAGAAGGUUGGCCCUUCUCAGCAAUCAAAUCUCGUAGCUCCUGCUGAGGCACCACAGAGUAUAUCCUCCGUUUCGUUUGAGCAGCUGUUUUCAGCUUCCUCUGUGCUGGCUGAUGAGGUUAUUGGUUUCGACGGAUUCGAAGAUUGGGAUUGCUUUAAUUAUUUCGGAGGCUCAUUUUCGAACUCCGGGAUGAUGUGAUGAAAGCCCUAAUACACUGAUGAUAGUGAUCCUGAGGUGGACAUCCUUUACCGAGCCGCGAGCGUGAUAAUUCGUCUACUCGGAGGUGGCCACCAUAUUGAGAUUCCUCUUCUAUCAACAUAGCGUACAUUUUAGUGUUUUGUGAUGGGAUAUAGACUUCUUUGGCUGCAUAUGGAUAUCAAUUACGCUAUCUUCUUAGAACGUCACCAAAGAGGGAAAGGAAAAGAGAAGCAAAAAGAGAGAAGAAAGGCACACAACUGAAAUCCUCUCGCCCGAAGAUAUAUUUCCUUUCUUGAAAUAUUGAGACAUGAUCGCCAGGAUGCUCCCCAACACAUUGGCUUAACUUUCGCCUUGCAAGUCCCAACCACCGUCUACAUUAUACACGGCUCCUGUUACAAAUGAGGCUGCAUCACUGAGCAGGAAUAAUACCACGUUCGCGACUUCAUCUGCCGUCCCAACGCGGGAUAUCGCACCGGGUAUAUGAUUAAGACCUCCUUGUAUAGCACUGCCUUCGUCAAGCAAGGGUGUUUGAAUCGAGCCCCUAUUUAUCUGAUCAGUACCACUCUCCUUUUUUUAGACAUUACACUCCUCUGGUAACCAUCACUUGUGCUACUGUCCAGGGUAUAUGACAUUGAGACAAAGAAUAAUUAAUGAAUCAAGAGGGAUAUAACUCACGGCGCAAUGCAAUUGACUCUAAUACCCGGCGCAGCCUCCUUAGCCACCGAUUUCGUCAGUCCCACAAUACCAUGCUUGGUGGCCGCAUACGUCGCCGAUUUUCCAAACCCCAUCACACCCUGGAUACUCGCGGCAUUAACAAUGCUCCCAAUCCCCUCCCCACCAGCACCAGAAUCAGCAUCAGCACCCCUCCCCUUGUUCGCCAUCAUGGCCCUCAAUUGAGCUCGAACACAAUACAUCAUCCCCGUCAAAUUCACCCGCAAAAGCAAAUCCCACUCCUCAUCAUCCUGAUCCACCAACUUACGGACCCCAUGAUUCUUCCCAAUGACGGCCGCCAUAUUUGCCGCUCCAUCUAGGCGGCCGAACUUGUCCACCGUCGCCGCGAUCCAGGCGUUGACUUGCGUGGAGGAGGAGACGUCCACUUUUGUAAUGAGGAUGUGGUCGGGCGAGGAGCCGAGGGCUGCGAAGGCUUCGUCAAGGGCAGGCUGGGAGAUGUCGGCGAGGGAAAGGAGGGCGCCGUUUUUGCGGAGUUGUUUGGCGACGGCGAGGCCGAUGCCUGAUACCCCGGUUAUGGCGUAGACUUUGGAGGUGAAAGAGUCCAUGGUUCUUUUUUUCCCUCAGGCUUUUCUCUUGGAGUAGGACAAGGGGGAUUCGGAUUAUGUGGUCUUCGUGGUAGAGAUUGUAGAUAACUCUUUUUGGAUUUUGCGGUUUGGUUUUCGCCUUGGUGAUAUGUAUAUGGCUCUUUGCUCUUAUAUUGGGUUUUGGGGGACACAACGAGAAGGCGUUUCUGGAUGGGGAUCAGGAGGAUUUUUUGCACACAGAAUCUAACUAGCUAUUCGCCUUUGUUCUUGAGGAAGAGGAGGAGGAACUGAAGAUUUAUAUACUCAAAUUCCACGCGACUGGAAUCACCAAUCAAAAAGCAAAAAACACAGGCAAGAUAUCUCUCGAUAGAGUUUCUUGAGUCUGGACUCUUCCUCGAUGUCCAAGCUCAACUCUUUUUACUAUACAAGUCGAUCCGUUGCGACAGAGGGAGGAAAGCGGUUGACUCGAUGAAUUGAAUUGCAUAUGUGAAAUGGAGGAGUCCGAAUAAUUGCAAACUACGUUUGUCAGAAGCUGACUGGCGCACCCGGAUGGACGCAGGUGGAGAAACACAUGUUACGGUGACUAUUACCUACGUCGGAUUGUAUGUAUGUCCAUACGAGAUACGGAAUACGGCGGCGGGCAGGGAAGAGCGAGGUGGGGUAGUUGUUAGCCGGUAGCCCUGGGCGAGGAGGGGGACAAUCUGGAGAUAGUUCUGAGCCAUUCUGCACGGUGUAUGUAGAUCUUGCAUAUUACACAUUUCUAUUUUGUCACUGGCAGCCAUGCCUCUUAAGAGGAGGGGGUACAUGCACAUUAGAUACAUUUGAGUACCUCGAAACCCUUGCAACAAGUAAAGCCGCGCCCUACAUUAGGAGCAAAGCCCCCGAAUACUCCCUGCAGAAACAUGUAUACGCAAAGAAGGACGUAUGGCGGUAUCGGAACAAACUUAUUUCAGCAAUUUCAUUCGAGUCUAGUUGCAAGCUUGAGGCGAAUCGAACCUUAUGGAUACGCGACUAGGGGUAAAUAGACCGUCGAAUGAUGUCAGAUCGACUAUACUUACUACCCACAACACAUGAUGAAUUAAUGGCCAUAUUGAAGUGCUCCAAGCAGCUGUACAUCUGUGCAUACAUAGCUAUAUUUAGAAUGAAGAGCCACCAUCUAGAUGCAUAAUGGCAAGCUGAAAAGACUCUACUACAGUUAUCACUUCCUUGUCGUAUCAUGAUAUGUAGGAGGAACCGUUGCCUGCUCAUUUAUGGCUGGCGGAUACACCUGUCCCUGUAGCGGCACUGAUGUAUCGUUACCGCCAUAAAACGGAACAGCAGCAGCAGCAGUAGUAAGCCUUGUACGCAUUUUAACCCUCUUGCUCCAGCAGCCCGCCGCAACGAUUCCCAAAACCACACGAGCGACCACGCCAACGGCGAUCCCGGCCUUUGCACCCUUGGAUAAAGGCUUGCGGGCAUGAGGUAGCUUCAGAGACUCGGUGGGGAUGGGCACGACGGAGCUGUCGGUCAUUUGGAAGCGGAUUUGGAUUGGUGUGGCAUAGACGAUGCGCGCGGUUCGGGUGGUGAUGGCCUCGUUGGGUGGAAAGGGGAGGGAAACGGGGGUGUUCAGGUAUCUUUUGCAGAGCCUGUCGGCGUCAUCUGCACAUUCGAAGGAGCUGGUUUUGGUUUGUUUUAUACUGUAGUUAGCGUGAUGAACGGGUUGUGGUUCAUGUGCUCUGAGAAGGGGAGGAAUAGGCAAAAGGGGCCCCCUGGAGGACACGCGAGAAAAGCGGGCCAGGAAUUUUUCUCUUUUUAAGAAAAGAAAGGCAUCAAUUUACGACGGGCAGCAGUUGAUUGUUGUUUCCACCCUCUGUGCCGACGAGGACAAAGUGCAAGUCAUAUAUUUAUCCCCAUGGACAAAUCCCUGGCCUGAAAUAUCUUCCUCUCGCCCAAUCUGGCGGGCAGCAGUCAUCGCCGCCUCCGGGACCCUCGCAGCCUUGUUGAAGGCCGGGCCAUCCGCCAAUGUCGGUAGUGCGCACUUCGGUAGCGCAGCUCGACGGCGGCGUGAAGGUGGUUGUGAGCGGACCUCUGGGUGUUCGGUAUGUAUCUAGUCGAGGCUCGCCUUUAGCGGCGCAUAGGGAUGCGGCGGGAAGAAGGUAGGAUAUAAUUAAGGUCUGAAGGAACAUUAUCUAUUUACGUGUGAACUUGUAGUUAAAAUAGUUUGCUAUAGUGAACUUGAGCCGCACGAUAGGGGAAGGGGGGUUCGGCAAGGGAUAUAAAAAUUUGGCAUUUAUACGCAACAGACUCAGAUUAUUUAUUUGCAGCACACAUCAUCUGCGAAAGGGUUCGCGAUUUGAACAAGAUACUUAAGCCACGGCCACCCAGACACAUUUAUCCACCUCUUUUUCCUCAAGUGCGGCUGAGGUUUCUUUGAUCUACAUCUCGAGAGUGCUAAGUAUCCAAAGCUUGAACUCCACAACGGGUAAAGCAAGGAACUCUAGGAGAACCAACCGACUCUUGCAUCGUCCUGGUCCCAAACACGAGAAAUUCUGGGGCAGCUUUGCAGAUCCAAUUUAGGACAGCUGGAUACUUAAUAAGUGCAUAGGGGGAAGACCGUUGUUGGGACUUGGCAGAACCAGAAGCAAUAAAUAAGGCUGGGAACAUUCCAUCUUCUAACCCAUCAUUAAAAACUUCCACCUGUCAUUUCCGCACAAGGCGGCGGAGAUAUAUGUAUAUAUAUAUAGUAGCAUCGUGAAGAAAUACAAAAACGAAUCAAUGG